AUGAACAAUUCGGGAGUAGAUGAAGUGGAGGAGGAGAUAUUCUUACGAAGUGUACAAUUUAAUGCUCUGCUCAUUCAACAUUAUUACAUGAACUAUGUUCAUAAAACUCCUUGCAUGGUAUCUUCUCAAACAGGUAAUAAGUGGAUAAUGGAAGUGCUACAAGGGAAUGACAUUCGGUGUUACAACGCCUUUAGAAUGCAAAAGGAAGUAUUUUAUCGUUUAUGUAGUGAUUUGGAAGUUCAAUUUGGGGUGUUGGGUUCAAACAGAACAAGUCAUAUUGAAGUUAUGGGAAUGCUAUUGUGGUGCCUAGGACAGGGAUGUGGAAUUAGGUCAGUAGCAGAACGAUUUCAACAUUCUAGUGAAACCGUUUGUAGAUAUUUCGGACAAGCACUAGAUCAUUUGUGUGAAUUAGGUAAACUUAUACUCAAGCCUUCGGAGAAUGAAUUUAAUGGUGUUGCACCGGAGAUAAUGAGGGAUAACAGAUACAUGCCUCAUUUUAAGGAUUGCAUUGGGGCUAUCGACGGAGUGCAUAUUCCCGCUUCUAUACCUCCUGAAAAACAAAUACCGUACAUUGGUAGAAAAGGAAUACCUACACAAAAUGUUAUGGUAGCAUGUAAUUUCGAUAUGCAAUUUAUCUAUGUAUGCGCGGGAUGGGAAGGGUCUGCUCAUGAUACAAGAGUGUUUCUAUCGGUACUUCGAGAUCCUGAAAUGAAGUUUCCUAAACCUCCACCAGGAAAAUAUUAUGUUGUAGAUUCCGGAUACCCUCAAAUGAAUGGGUUUUUGGGACCUUACAAAGGUCCGCGACAACAUUUUCAACAAUACCGUAGGCAAGAACCAAGAAAUGAAAAAGAGGUAUUUAACCAAGCACACUCUUCUCUUAGAAGCGUUAUAGAACGCACAUUUGGAGUUUGGAAAAAAAAGUGGAAGAUUUUAAGGGACAUGCAAGGUUAUUCAUUUGAUAAGCAAGUGAAGAUUGUCAUUGCCACCAUGACACUUCAUAAUUAUAUACGGAGACAUGCACAUGGUGAUAGACAUUUUGUCCGCAGUGAAGAAAGAGAAGGUUAUGGGUCAAGUAGUGAGAUAGAAAUGGAUGAUGAUGUAGAAGAAGAAUAUCAUGGUCACGGUGCACAAGAAAUGGAAACAAUCAGAAAUAACAUUACUCAAAGUUUGAUGAAUGCGCGUAAUAACGUGAACAUUUGA